UCAUAAAAAUAAGCGUCCGUGUGAAAACAACCCAACCAUCAUCUUCCUCUUCUUCAUCUUCUCUCUUCAUUCUCACCUACUACCUUCACCCACCUCUUCAACUUGCACAAAGCAAGCUCCUCAAUUCCACUAUAAGUCUCUCUCUCUCUCUCUCUCUCUCCUCCUGUUUUUUAUCGACCCUUUUCCUUGAAUUAAUGAUUGAUGUCAUCCCAAAAGGAUAUUUAAACCAGAGGGAAAAGCUUCCAUUCUUUGCAAGUAAUCAAUCUACUGUUUAACAACUCUGUAUUGUUCUCUUCUCUUUCCUUCUAAACCAGUCUUUCUGUUUUUAAAUUUUGCCUUCAGUUUCUGGCAUUGAUCCUCCAGAGUUUCUAGAAGAGUUCAUCCCUGUCCAAAAGGGGAAUACGGGCAGAAAUAUGAUCUUUCAGGGCGUCGUUGUUUAUCAGUUUCUUCUGUGCCAUCUCUGUUUUAUUUUUUCCCCUGUUCUCUCACUCUAAGAGCUUUUCUUGCCAAAUUUAAACCAUACAGGAUUCCUCAUCCUGAAAAGUUUUAUUCCAUAUCGAUGGAUUCCUUCAAUCAGGCUUCUGGGUUCCCGUAUGAUCCAAAUUCCAACACAUUGGGUGAUGCUGAAGGUGAUCCUGAAGAGUCGGGGAUUCUUGAAAUAUAUGUUCACCAUGCAAGGAAUAUUCACAACAUAUGUAUCUAUGAUAAUCAAGAUGUCUAUGCAAAAUUCUCUCUUACUUACAACCCAGAUGAGAUCCACUCAACUAGAAUUAUCAAUGGAGGUGGCAAAAACCCAGAAUUCAAUGAAAAACUGGCGAUCAAAGUCGCCCAGCUUGAUGCAGUUCUCAAGUGUGAGAUUUGGAUGCUUAGUAGAGCAAGAAACUACAUGGAGGAUCAGCUUCUAGGAUUUGCUCUGGUACCCAUUUCACAGGUCGCAGGCAAAGGAAAAGUGACUCGAGAUUAUAGCCUCUCCUCUACAGAUUUCUUUCAUUCUCCUGCUGGAACUGUCCAGUUGACUCUUUCUCUGAACACAUCUUUGCCUUUGAAUCCCUCUGCAGCUGCUAAUUCUUCUAUCUCAGCUGAAGUUGUGUUGCUUGACAGAAAAACAUCAGAAGAAAUUGUUGAUCCUUUUGAGUAUACGAGGGUAGAGUUUCCUGACAUCAAUGUUGUCGCUGAGAAUCAGCAAAUGGUGUCUGAGUAUUAUGAUGGAUUGGGUUCCAGGCCUGGCUCGUUUCUUCAUCUUGGUGCCUCUUCUCAUCUUCCCGUUGACGACUAUGAGAUGAAAAUAAAUUCCUCCGAGGAAAAUCAAGGAGGUUUCACUUCUCCCAUUGACAGCAUACAAAAUUCAGGUUUCUUGAGCUCCACCGCCACUAGCUUAAGCGAUGAUCGAAACUCCAUCGAAUCCAUUGACAAAAAGGGUCGCCUACGCACUCAUUCGUCAAACUCCCUCAACGUUUCGAUCACCACUGAGACUCAUCAUGGCUCGAGUACUUGCCCUGAUACUCCUACCUCGAAGAAAGGAAGUAAAGUGAGAGAAGAGAAAAACAGCAAGGAAUAUGAAGGAAUUGGACAAGUAUUUUCAUCUCCAUUAGGGAACAUCAAUCUUGAAAAUGAGCAAUCUGCAAUGCAGCAACAAAUAGUAGACAUGUACAUGAGGAGUAUGCAGCAGUUCACUGAAUCUUUAGCCAAGAUGAAGCUCCCUAUGGAUCUUGACAAGCCUGAAAGUGAAGAUCGUGGCGAUUUGAUCCAAAGCCAAAGCCAUAGCAAUAAAUUAGAGCUGGAGAAGAAGCAGAAGAAAGAAGGAUCCAGGGUGUUCUAUGGAAGCAGAGCUUUCUUCUAACUUUAUCAAAAUGCUGCUGCUGUUGCAGGAUCUGCAUGGAGUUUAAUUUAAUUAACCAAAACUUCUGGGUUUCUCUUGUAGUGUUAUUUUAACCGUCUUCCUUGGUUGAUCAGUGUCAUUUCUUCUUCUAAUUGGUUUCAUUCACAUUUUGAUUGUAGCUGUGUUGCGUUAUCAGAGCAGUUGUUCUUGGGUAAGAGUUGGCUUUGCUUUGCUUUGCCUUCCCAAGCAUUUCAUUUAGGAAAUUUCUUAUGUUGUUUUCUAGUGAAAUAAUAAAAUCACUUGCCCCUUA